AGUGUGCGCACGGUGUCGGUCGCGCUGGUGAUGGGUGCUGAGGGCCCCGUGGCCGCGUGGGUGCUGUGAGCUAGUGCGCGACCGCUGCCAAAAUGCCGCACGGCGACGAACAAGGCUCGACGGAUGAGGUGAAGGUGUUCAAACACGAGGAGGAUGAUGAGGAUAAUUUGGGAGCGGAGGACCUCAACGUGGAGGAUGGGCUGACGGAGGACAAGAGCAGCCUCAUCACCGAGUCGGAGACGAAAGCGACUGAUGCGGGCUCCAACCGUGAGAAUGAAGGCGGCUCGGCGUUCGGACCUCUCGGUGGGAGGCCGUAUGAGCCCCUUGCUGAGCGUCACCCGUUCAGCUACCCAUACAGCCUCUACUCGAGCUACAGUGGAUCCCUCUCAAUGGUGAGUACGGUUGUCAGUGAUGCAAAUGCUGCUGAUGCAGGGAUGGUGAGCAGAAAACCAGGUCAGCCGGGAAAGGUGCCUCUGCACCCGCCGGGUAUCUCACCGUUCUUCUACUCUGGAGAUUCACUGUCGCAGCCCCCGCCCGCCCACAUGGGUAUACCGUCGUACCCGCUGGAUCCCAAACCAGGGAUGGCGCGGGCUCCGGUGUACCCGUUCACACCAGUCUCCUCCCACUGCGCGUACCCGCCACUAGGCGCGCCCGACCUGCCGCCGUGGAAUUCUCCGGCGCUCUACCCCUCCACCUCUGGCGCGUUCCGAUCAGCCUACUCUGGCCUGCCCUCCAGUCUACACAGGUUUUCUCCUGGCCUGCUUCCCCACAGUUUACCGCCCCACCUGCUUCAUCCCGAGUACCUCAAACACAACGGAGACAACCGGCAUAACGCGGACGUGAAACCGGUCAUAUCUGCACCUCCCCCCGGCUCGGGCUCCAAACAACAGCAAAACAAUGGUCAGGAGCCGGAGAAGAAGAAGUGUCACAUCAAGAAGCCUCUGAACGCCUUCAUGCUCUACAUGAAGGAGAUGAGAGCCAAAGUGGUGGCCGAGUGCACACUGAAGGAAUCGGCAGCCAUCAACCAGAUCCUCGGCAGACGG